UUUUUUUUUACCACAACAUUUUCCGGAACCUUUAUCUUCGUGUUGCACCCGGGUAGGUAUCAAUGUGACACCUUAAUAAUAAAUAAUGGAGGAACAAGAGAUGCAGAUAAAAGUGAAGAAAGUUACAGAUAAGUUCACUGAGAGUAUGUAUGUCCUAGCCAAUGAGCCUUCAGUUGCUUUAUAUCGUCUGCAAGAACAUGUCCGUAGGUCUCUCCCUGAGCUGGCUCAGCACAAGGCUGAUAUGCAGAACUGGGAAGAACAAAGCCAAGGAUCUAUAUACACUGUGGAAUAUGCAUGCAGUGCUGUGAGGAGUAUGACGUUCAGCAGUGUUCACUUCAAGAGCAUAGAAGGGCUUCUCAAACAAGCUACUAACCUGAAGCACCAACUGAACACAGCACAGGGCCGUAGGUAAUGCACCGGCAGGACUGGCCCAUCUCAUAGCUUCUUGCUUAUGCAGAUUACUCCAGGAGGAGCCAUAUUGUACCCAGAAUAAGAAUUUUGUAGGAGACUGCAGCUAGAGCUUUGUUUUAUAUAUUAAUAAAAAUGUCUCCUGCCCACACAGAAAUAUAAAUGCAUUUGUAUAUACAUUUAUAAUCCCAGAUUUGUUCAAUUGAUGGAAUCAAUGACCUGAAGAAAAAAAAAAAAGACUGGUAUAGGACAAUGUGAUAUGGAGCAAUCAUAGUUAAUGGAGGAAAACAGGAACAUUUCAAUGGUAUGUAGGAGGUAUUUUACAGAGGGUCAUAAGGAGCCACUGACAUUUUUAAAGGGACAUGGACGUCAAUAGUAUGCUGGGGCUUACUGUUGUAACCAUUUUUUUAACUUUUUAUUGUUGCCACAAGUGCAUGCCUGGUGCAGAAGUGGUUAUUGGUAGGUAUGCUCCAUACACAAUCGGUGGAGCAUACUUGCAGACCAUCACUGGAGCAAGUACAGAGACUGUCACUGUGGCAUGCAUGUGCUGCAGAUCUCAGCAUUUAUUAAAAAAACACUGCUAUGUAGCAGCUUACUCACUAUACAUAUUGAACUGUAUUAGACAUUUGGGGGUUAUAUAAAACAGGAAGAACAACAAUUUUGUGCAAAUUGUAUUUUCAAUGCUGUAAACUACUGUCUCUCCUUAUGCCGUUGUCAUCAUUUACAAAAUAAUUAAACAAAAACCUCUCAUA